CACUUUUUGAUGAUCAAUCUUAAUCAAACCCAAUUGAAGUUAAUCAGAUGAAAGAUGAAGUAAAGUAAUCUGACAUCAAGUUGGUAGUCAAUUUUACUCAACAGUUUUUAUUAUUAGUCUUUUCGUCGAUACUAACGACCAUCUCACACUUAUUCCUGAAACAUGAACAUCAUCUAGUUGAGAAGCAAACAUUUUCUUGUCUUUUCCUGCCUUAUGUAUCUUGAUGGUCCAUCACGAUUGUGACAACUUUUUUCACUCCCACCUUUCAUUAGAUGUUAACCCAAAUUGAUUUACAUUUUUGCCGAAUUCAAAGUGACAGUUUGUUCACUUUGUCCUGGUCAACUGACAUUGACCUUCAACUGUAAACAUCGACCUUUUUUGCCGCUCAAGUGAUCUGAAUUUACUUCGCAAUCAUGCGACUUUCCAGUGUCAACCUGUGUAAUGUAACAAUUUUUUUGUGCCUUUUAGUUGUUCUCAAUUUUAUGAGUUCAACCCUUCAAUCGGAGGUUACCUUUAACGAUGAUUUAGAUGAGGAUUAUCUCGACGAAGAAGCCUUGGAUAAGCGUAAUUUUGUUAAUAAAUCUCUUCGAUCAUCUCGUCUGUCCAACAUGUCAUUGCGAUUUACAAGUCGAGAGUCACCUUUAGUUGAACCUUAUGUUCGCCUUUCUUCCUCUCUUUUCAAACCUUUUCGUUAUCAAAUUUACUGGGAUCUUUCAGAAGGAAUUGAAACCUUUUCAGGAACAGUGCGAGUCUCCUUCAUUGUGCUGUCAUCGACUCGAUCCCUUGCCAUUCAAGUCAACACGCUCAACAUAACUUCACUUUCCCUCAACUAUCAAGAUACCAAUGAGGAAAUCAUUGUCUCCAAAAGCUGGCUUGACAAGUCAAACAUUUAUGCAAUCGAGACUCAAUCCAAUGUAACGGAUAAUCGACUCAUCACAAUGUUCAUACAAUUCAAAGGUACUUUUCAAACUUUUGGGUUUCUCAUUCACCAGUCAACAACUCCAACACCCAGAUACACUUAUAUGACCAAAUUUGAGCCAAUUCAUGCUCGUAAAGCUUUCCCUUGUUUCGAUGAGCCCGAUAUGAAGGCUCACUUUAAAAUAAGCGUUAAACACAAUUCAUCGUUAACAGCCUAUUCCAAUAUGCCAUUGGAAAGUAUCAAAAAGUUUGAUGGUAAAACUGAUGAUAAUGGAAAUAAUUGGCACAUUUCAGAGUUUCAAGAAUCACCACUCAUGACAACCUAUCUUGUUGCCCUUGUUGUUUGUGAUUGCCACCGGUCUGUGGCUUCAACUUCACAAGGAGUUGAGUUAGGAAUAAUAACAUUGAAAGAAGACGCAAACAAAACUGAUUAUGCCUUAUCAAUUGCAGUUAAGUGUAUGGAAUUUUUCCAACAAUACCUUGGAAUUGGAUACAAAUUUCCAAAAUUAGACAUCUUUGCUGCACCACAUUAUCCUUCAUUUGGAAUGGAGCAUUCAGGCCUCAUCAUACAAUUUUACAAUCGUAUUCUGUACCAGAAAGACGGUAAAUAUGAGGUUUACAAUAAAGAAUGGAUUCUGUAUACGACAGCUCACGAAAUUGCCCAUCAGUGGUUCGGCAAUUUGGUUACACUGCGUUGGUGGGAACAUACAUGGCUUAAUGAAGGUUUUGCGACAUAUUUUGCUACCAAAGCAGUUGACUUUGUUGAUCCUGAAAUGUCUAGUGAUGACUUGUUCUUGAUCAAUCGAUAUCGAACCUCGCUUUAUUAUGAUUUAAAAGGAAUUUAUACUCCAUGGAAUCGUACCAUUGCUCCAAUCACCCAUUCCAAUCAAAUUAAACAAUCAUUCAGUUGGCUGAGCUAUCAAAAGGGUGGCAGUAUCUUGAGAAUGAUGGAAGACUUUUUAGGAUCGGAUAACAUCAACAAAUUGAUGAGAUCAUAUUUAACCAAAUUUGCCGAUUCCAAUGUUGAAACCAAUGAUUUCAGUGAAGAAGCUGGAAAAUAUUAUUCAGAGAUCAAUAUGACGGAAUUUAUCGAUUCAUGGACUAAACAGUCUGGAUGUCCGAUAAUAAAUGUUGUCUGGAAUAACGAUGGAACUGUUCGCUUAAGUCAAUUGUCAUCUUUAGCUCACAAAUCAAUCAGGGAAGCUUCAAAAAAUUCAGAUUCUAACGAUUCUCUCAUCAAUGCAACCGAUCCCGAAAGAAGCUCACCUCAUAUUGACUCAUCUUCCUCUUCCUCAUCCCCAAAAUUCAACAAGUCUAUCAAUGAAUCAUCUGUUACUUGGUUGAUUCCAAUAACAUAUAAAACCUCUGAUGGUUUUUCUGGGUUAAUCUGGUUAACCAAAGCCCAUCAAGAUUACAAGCUAUGUGACAAUUGUUCCUGGGUUGUGUUCAAUGUAAACAAAAAGGGCUACUAUGUGGUCAACUAUUCACCCAGUCAAUGGUUAGUGUUGAUUGACGCUCUUUCCAGUGAACCUGAAUCCUUUACAAGUGAAACUUUUACCGGCCUUUUACUAGAUGGCUACCAUCUCUGUGAACUUGGACUCAUGGAAGUGUCCACUUUUUUCAGCUUACUGUCAAACAUUAAACGCUAUUCAAACCUGGCUUCUCUUUCAUUGGCCCUUUCCACAUCCAAAGUACCCUUCGGUGCUCCUGCUUUUGGUGAAGGUCGAUAUCUUUUGAAUGAAUUUCGUCGCGAUCUUAUUGAAUCAAUUUACCAUAAAGUUUCAAUGACUCAAAAAUCAUACAAUGAAGAUUAUGCCAAAAUGAUUUUACGAUACGAGCUUCUUGAAGAUGCAUGUGAAAUGAAAGUACCAGAUUGCUUGAAAGAUGCAUCAAACUAUCUCUUGUCAUGGAUUAAUGACAGUUCCGCUUAUAUUCCCGUUUACAUGCAAAAUGUAGUCUUUCGCUAUGGAAUGGCAACUCUUAAUAACUUUACUUAUUGGGAGUCAAUUUUGCACAAUUUACUCACAGGUAAUCUGCAUGGGAUCAAGGGAACGGCACUGAUUAGAGGAUUGUUUGCAAUCAAAGAAGACAAUUUACGGGAAAAGGCGUACAGUUUACUGAAAGACACUGAAUAUGAGAUUGAAGCUUCCGUACUGAUUGAGUCAAAGUGUCCAACCAUUUCAACAAGGCCCAAUCCUUUGAAAAGCUCGGUACUCAAGUGGUUAAUAAAUGAAAAUCUGUACGGCUUUCCAUGGAGAAAUGAGAAAAAGUCAAUCCAAUUGAGUAUGGAUGACCAGAGUGAAGCAACCCUUAGUCCAUUGUCAAGUUCACCCAUCAAGCCUUUUCAUUAUUCAAUCAAUCUAUUGUUUCUUCCAAGUCCAUCAUCAAUGGUUAAAGGUUCACUUGAUUUAAGGUUUACUUUGAAUGGAACCACUAAACACUGUUUAUUUCUUGUUGGUCCACAAUUGUCCAUCACUUCUGUUUCAGCUUAUUCAAUCAACUUGCUCACAAAUUACAGGCGGAAACAAUUGAUUUUCAACUCGUUUCAUUAUCGACCCAACAAUUUGUUUGCAAUUCAAUUUCAAAAUUUUCUUGAACCAGGCAACUAUUCAAUCCAUUUAACCUACACAGGCAACUAUUCAUCAGCCAUAGCUAAAGGUUACCAACAGCAAUCCAAUGGAGGCUCAUCCAUGUCUCUAGGAACGGUUGAGUUAAGAGGUGGUUCCAGAUUAUUUCCAGUCUUUAAUCAUUCUCUCGAUUCACCUACAAGUUUCAAUAUUAACCUUGUUUACCGUUUAACUGCUGAUGAACCUUUAAUUUCAAGUUCAUCUAAUCAUCACCCCGAAGGUGCAACCAUCAUUCAUUCAGCUUCAACUCUUUUUGAUCAAAUUUUACCUUCACAAUUGAGGAUUACUUUGGCACCUGAUAGUGUUCGCCUGGUUCAUUUGAAAGAGUUGAUUGAUGUUAAUGAAACAGUUUUGCAAAAUUUAGAUAACUCUAUUUGAUUCAAUUGGAGCAAUUCUGUGAAACUAAAGGACCCUCUGAAUCGCUAAUAAUUGAAUCUAAAUUUUAUCAAACAGUAUUUACAAUAUUUGUUAUCGUUCUUUUUGUUUCAUCAAUCCAAUUGUAAUACGUUUUCAUUUUUUAUUUUGUACAAAAAACACAAAAUACAACCAAUUUUAAUCUUGUUCAAGACUUGAAAUAUUUAAUACAAUAGGGAAGCUAUUUUCGUUCAUUUGUUCAAAUUCGUAAGACUUUUAAAAGACACAGAAUGAAUCGCGAAGACAAGAUUGUUUAAAACAAAGAUUUGUAUGAGUUUACAUCUUGUAGGUUUUAAAUAAAGGUAGUGACAUCGAA